CCUCCAGGUUUUAACUUACAUUUACAUCCUAAUUUAAAUCUACGUUAAUCAAGCACUAUCUGGUGAUUCAAGCCAUUGGGACUGAUAAAGCCUACUGAUGGUGAGUGUAAGAGCUCACGCAUGAGGUCCAACGGAGACUUAGCCAGACGUUUGUCAGCAAUUCUUCUGGUUUUCUUGCCACUGCAAGUGCUCCUACAGCACUGGUGCUCCAGCCAGAGAUUCAGCUCCACCAGGUGUGAUUGGCAGCCAGGAACCCAGAUGCCGGCAGAUAAUCCUUCAGAAGAGGUGGUCAUUGGUGGAUUUGUAUCAAUAUCUCUUGCCAACUUCGUCCUGGAGACAUUUAUGAAACACCCACAACCCCUCUGGAGUACAUAUAUGAUACCGAAAAACUAUCAGCACAUCUUGGCCUUGGCUUUUGCCAUCCACGAGAUCAACACCAAUGAUGAACUGCUACCAAAUAUCACCUUGGGUUACAAGAUCUAUGACAAUAAAUUUGAUUCCUGGAGAGCCACUCAGACUACUCUGCAUCUCCUGUUCCGGGUGAAUGGGAACCCCCUCAAUUACAACUGUGAAAAGACAGAGCAAGUCCUGGCUGUCGUUGGUGGGCUCACCUCCCAAAAUUCCAUGCAGAUGGCCCACAUCCUAAGCAUCUACAACAUCCCACAGGUCAGCUAUGGCUCUUUUGAAGAAGCCCUGAGUGACAACAUUCAGUUCCCUUUCUUGUAUCGGAUGACCCCCAACGAAGAACCACAGUAUGUCGGGAUUGUUUGCCUACUCCAGUAUUUUGGAUGGAACUGGGUUGGCCUCAUUGUUCCAGACGAUAACAAUGGAGAAACCUUCCUUAGAACGUUGACACCAAAGCUAUUUGAGAGUCAUAUUUGCAUCGUUUGGACCAUGAUGAUCCCAAGAGUAUCUGUGCACUUACCGAAUAAACUACUAAACCAAAAACUGGAACCCAUUCUGUACAGUUUCCGACUGAUUGAAAUCAACGUGGUUCUUGUGCAUGGAGACAAACAAUCUUUGGAGGCAUUAUACCUCACUCUAUUCUACUUUGAACUGCAUGCAAGACAACCACACCACAAAGGAGGGUGUGGGUAA